GCCCAGAAGCUACCUUCUAAGGUCAAGAACUUCAGAAUGACCCAAUUUAUGCAUAAGAACACAAACACCGACGUUACUUCACUCCCUUUGGUGGAAACCAAGGAGAAGAAGACCAUGGUCAACUUCCCACGCCUCAGCAAUAGAGGCCUGCUGAAGUCAUCCCUGCUGUACCAGGAGAACCAGACCUACAGUCAGCUCUCAGCCUCUGAGCCCAAGGCUUCAGACAAACUUUUCCACUCUGACGUUAAGCCUCAAGAACCCAAGCCAGUGGAGAAACCCCCCCGGAAGCACAAAGUGCCUCUGACAGCAGCAGAGGCCCUCAAGUUUUUUAAGAGCCAGCUGUCUCCGUACGAGCAAAGUGAAAUCCUGGGCUACAGUGAGCUGUGGUUCCUUGGUCUCGACGCUCAGAAGCUCAAGUUGCCCCCAGAGACAUUCAGCAAGACAUGUUUUGAUGACGAGCACGGCUCCUACAUGAAGGUCCUGCGUGACCACAUUGGCUACCGUUACGAAGUUCUGGAGAUGAUCGGGAAAGGGUCCUUUGGACAGGUGGCCAAGUGCUUGGAUCACAAAAACAAUGAGCUGGUGGCCUUGAAAAUCAUUAGGAACAAGAAGAGAUUUCACCACCAGGCCCUGACGGAGCUGACGAUCCUGGAAGCCCUCAGAAGGAAGGACAACGACAACGCCUGCAACGUGGUGCACAUGAAGGACUUCUUCUACUUUCGCAAUCACCUCUGCAUCACCUUUGAACUCCUGGGAAUCAACUUGUAUGAGCUGAUGAAGAACAACAGUUUCCAAGGCUUCAGUCUGUCGAUAGUCCGACGCUUCACCCUCGCUGUUUUGAAGUGCUUACAAAUGCUUUAUGUGGAGAAAAUCAUUCACUGUGACCUUAAGCCGGAGAAUAUAGUGCUAUACCAAAAGGGUCAAGUCUCUGUUAAAGUUAUUGACUUUGGAUCAAGCUGUUAUGAACAUCACAGAGCCUAUACCUACAUCCAAAGCCGGUUCUACCGAUCCCCAGAGGUGAUUCUGGGUCACCCCUACAACAUGGCCAUCGACAUGUGGAGCCUGGGAUGCAUCAUGGCGGAGUUGUACACGGGCUACCCUCUGUUUGCUGGGGAGAAUGAAGUGGAGCAGUUGGCCUGCAUUAUGGAGGUGCUGGGCCUGCCACCAGCCCGCUUCAUUCAGACGGCCUCCAGGAGACAGACAUUCUUUGGUAAGUCCCCUGGUUUCUCUUUUUCCCUUGGUAAUUGAUGGGGUGUCGCUGGCCUUCAAGAGACAUCCUCUACUCUC